GUGACUGGAGCUCUUGUUGAUGCGGAAGAGAGACACUUGGGAUGUUUGGCUUCUAAAGUUGUUCGACAGUAAACCAUAUGUGAUAGAUAAUAGAGAAAAAGAAGAAGUGAGCGAAUUUACGGUUUUAUUUAAAGUCAAAUACUAAACUUUGACCGACAGAAAAACAUCUAAUGGCGGGCGGUAAUUUACAGAAAGCCAUAGAUUUGGCCAGCAAGGCCGCAGAGGAAGACAAGGCCAAAAACUAUGAAGAGGCCCUCAGAUGUUAUCAGCACGCAGUGCAAUACUUCCUUCAUGUUGUGAAGUAUGAGGCCCAAGGCGAUCGGGCGAAGCAGAGCAUCAGGGCAAAGUGUGCUGACUACCUGGACAGAGCUGAGCAACUGAAGCAAUAUCUGAAGAAGAAAGAGAACGCUCCUCCAGCCAAACCCGUCAAAGAGUCUGGUGACAAAGGGAAUGAAAGUGAUGAAGGUGAAGACCAAGAAAAAAAGAAGUUCCAAAAUCAACUGUCAGGUGCCAUUGUUAUGGAAAAGCCAAACAUAAAGUGGGACGAUGUAGCUGGACUCGAAGGAGCCAAAGAAGCCCUUAAAGAAGCUGUUAUCCUGCCAAUCAAAUUCCCACAUCUGUUUACAGGCAAGAGAACACCCUGGCGGGGGAUCCUUUUGUUUGGGCCUCCAGGAACAGGAAAGUCCUACUUGGCCAAAGCCGUGGCCACAGAAGCUAACAAUUCCACCUUCUUCUCAAUCUCAUCCUCCGAUCUUGUGUCUAAGUGGCUAGGAGAAAGUGAAAAGUUGGUGAAGAACUUGUUCUCUUUAGCCAGAGAACACAAACCAUCGAUCAUUUUCAUUGAUGAGAUCGACUCCCUCUGUGGCUCCAGGAGUGAGAAUGAGAGUGAAGCAGCUCGCAGAAUCAAGACGGAGUUCCUCGUUCAGAUGCAGGGUGUUGGUAAUGAUAAUGAUGGAAUCCUUGUCCUGGGUGCAACUAAUAUACCAUGGUCGCUGGACUCAGCUAUCAGGAGAAGGUUUGAAAAGCGAAUCUACAUUCCUCUGCCGGAGGAACAUGCCCGCUCCUCCAUGUUCAAACUGCAUCUGGGCUCCACCCCCAAUAACCUGACAGAGGCGGAUUUCGUGACUCUGGGCAAAAAGACAGAUGGCUACUCCGGAGCUGACAUCAGUAUAAUUGUCAGGGACGCCCUGAUGCAGCCAGUCAGGAAGGUUCAGACAGCCACGCACUUCAAAAGGGUUCGAGGGUCAACAUGGAACAAUCCUGGCGUUGUGGUCGAUGACCUGCUGACUCCGUGCUCACCUGGAGAGCCCAACUCCAUUGAAAUGACAUGGAUGGAGGUCCCUGGAGAGAAACUUCUAGAGCCAGUUGUAUCCAUGGCUGACAUGCUGAGGUCACAAAGCAACACCAAGCCUACGGUGAACGAGCAGGACUUGGAGAAGCUGAAGAAGUUUACUGAAGAUUUUGGUCAAGAAGGCUAAUAAUAUCUUUGUACUCAAAAAUAGGACUGCACUUAACAACUAUCUUUACUCUCAGUUAUGCUUCAGAUCAUUUAAUUCGCCUUUUCAACUGCUGUGUCAAAAAUGGUGGAAAAUGUCACAGGUUUAAUGGACCAGAGGUUGCAGCAAAUCAGUCUUACAGCUGACAAAAAAACAUUUAUCCUUUUGUCACAAUCAUAGAUCUUUUUUUUUUUUUUUAAAUCAACCAACCAGUUGAGGAAUCGCCUCUUUCAGCCACGUUAACCUAUCGAUCCACCGAGGCUUGUGUUUACGUUAUUUUUUUAAGGGUUUUUCUUAUUAUAUUUCAAACUGAAGCGUUUUUGUUUUUUUUCUGAAACUGCAUCACUGUUAGAAAAGUAUGUGCAAAGGCUACAGUGGGUAGAUCCUGGCAUCUUUCCAUCACUACAUACUUUAUGUAGUCUAAGGCAGAUUUUAAUACUUUGAUUAACAGAACUGGUGUUGUGGUUGACAUUUAACAGGAAUUUAUGCAAUGAAGUCUGUGAACACUGGCAAUCUUUUUUUCACUACAUACAAAUCAUUAAUGGCAUCCAAAAGGAUCUUCUGGGAUUUAAACUGAUGUAGAGAAAAUGAAAGAAUUUCUUAAUUCUGAUAUGCCGUUGCACAUUUUCUUUCAGCCUUCUCCUGUUAGAUUACUGACACUUUACUGUGUUCUAGUUAUGUUCUGACUUAUUUAUAAAUGAUUAUGCUCUAGCUGUGUUGCCUUUGGGUUUUAAAUGUAUUUAAGAAUUUCCUUUGGGUUUACAGGGGUUACAUUAAUAAAAAAAAAAAGGUCAACUUGUACUUUUCUUGUAUUCUACUGGAUAUGUUCUGUGAACAGAAGUCUCAGGGCUAAAUAAAGGAAU